GAGUGGUUCGCAUGUGAUUCACAUCUGUUUUGUUGACAUUUGUGGCAACAUUUGGGAACCGAUUGUGUUGUCAACACUCGCAACACAUCCCACAUCACCACACAAUGAAGACGUGUCUUCAGAUGAAAGCGAGUCUCGAAAAUGUGACAAAUCUGGUGCCAACUGGUGAUGACUUUCGCUGGUAUUUGAAGUUUAAGUGCAAUAAUUGUGGCGAAGAGUCCGAUAAAUGGAUUUAUUUAUCGCUUGAGGAGAAGUUCCCGAUGAAGGGAUCCAAAGGUGAGGCGCAUCUGGUGUCCAAAUGCAAGAUGUGUUCACGUGAUUGUUCCGUCGGUAAUGGACAGCGAGUUAUCACUCAUAUCAUACCAGAGAUGAUCACUCAAUACACGUCCGACGACUCGAAUUCAUUUAAGACAAUCUGUGGCUUCGACUGCAGGGGUGUCUCCGUAAUAGACUUCUCCCCGCGGGUG